UCCGUGUCCCCACUGCGCGCCCUCGCCGUUCCCUCGUCCUUCCUUGUCUUUGAUAUGGGUGAUGAUUGAGCAGCACCUCUCAAGCUGACUGUGACUGAGCGGAACUGGGUGAGAGACCAAGACUGACUGCUCGUGACUGGGGAAAGAUGAAGAGUGCCCUUAGUUUCCUUGUGGCAGUCAGCCUCAUCUUGACGGUGUUGGCGUGGACGGUGACAGCAGAAAAAUCUUCAGAAGAUGACAUUUUGAAGGAAAUCAAUGAUGAGCUGCAUAAAAUAGAAGAAUUAUUUGACACACUCCUUACAAUGGUGAACAACCCCGCCACUCCCGGCACAAAGACCUCAACGCAAUCAUCACCGCAAACCACCACGCCCGACGGUCCUCACACCACCACACACGACGGCACCACGCCUGGAGGCGCUGACACCACCACACACGACGGCACCACGCCUGGAGGCGCUGACACUACCACACACGACGGCACCACGCCUGGAGGCGCUGACACCACCACACACGACGGCACCACGCCUGGAGGCGUUGACACCACCACACCCGACGGCGCCACGACUGGAGGCGUUGACACCACCACACACGACGGCACCACGCCUGGAGGCGCUGACACUACCACACACGACGGCACCACGCCUGGAGGCGCUGACACCACCACACACGACGGCACCACGCCUGGAGGCGUUGACACCACCACACCCGACGGCGCCACGCCUGGAGGCGUUGACACCACCACACAUGACGGCACCACGCCUGGAGGCGCUGACACCACCACACACGACGGCACCACGCCUGGAGGCGCUGACACCACCACACACGACGGCACCACGCCUGGAGGCGUUGACACCACCACACCUGACGGCACCACGCCUGGAGGCGUUGACACCACCACACCCGACGGCACCACGCCUGGAGGCGUUGACACCACCACACCCGAUGGCACCACUCUCGAUGGCGUUGACACCACCACACACGACGGCACCACUUCCGACGGCGUUGACACCACCACACCCGACGUUGUUGACACCACCACACCCGACGGCGUUGACACCACCACACCCGACGUUGUUGACACCACCACACCCAACGGCGUUGACACCACCACACCCGACGGCGUUGACACCACCAUACCCGACGGCGUUGACACCACCACACCCGACGUUGUUGACACCACCACACCCGACGGCGUUGACACCACCACACCCGACGUUGUUGACACCACCACACCCGACGGCGUUGACACCACCACACCCGACGUUGUUGACACCACCACACCCGACGGCGUUGACACCACCACACCCGAAGGUGUUGACACCACCACACCCGACGGCGUUGGUACCACCACACCCGACGGUGUCGGCACCACCACAACCGACGGUGUUGGCACCACCACACCCGACGGCGUUGGUAUCACCACACCCGAAGGCGUUGACACUACCACAGCCGACGGUGUUGACACUACUACAUCCGACGGUGUUGUCAACGGCAUUUCAGGCAAUGAUAGCACUCCAGAUGCGAAAAAUUUAUUGAGGCGUCUUCUAUCAGCAAGUGAAGAUAAUGGUAACAAUGAUGAAGAUGGAAAGGGCACCGAUAAUGAUGACAACGAAGACGAUGAGAAAGAAAACAUUUCCGAUGACAAAGGAAAUGGAAAUGGAAAUAACAAUGAAGGGCAAGAGAAUGAUGAGACAGAGGAGGGGAACAAGGAUGAUAACAAGUAUUCGGAUAUAUGCGAACCUCUUACGAACACCGAAGAAGACCUCUGCAAACGCUUACAAACUGUCAUGCAAGACAUCGAUGAAGUGGCAAGCGAAGUGGCCCAAGGUGAAAUCUCUCAGGAACAGCUGGAUAAACUGCAAACAAGUUCCAAAAAUCUAGAUGACAUCGUCGAGCUGGCCAAGAAUAAUGAUGAGUUCAUUGCCAGUGUGAAGAAAGACACAUUCAAUGAAGCCGUUAAAGAAGUGAAACAGAAUGUGCAGGAAGCUGAGAAUAAAGUUGAUGAAAAGCUGGAUCCUCCUAAGUCUGACCACACUCUAGAAAUCAUCCUUGGAACGCUGGGUGGUUUACUGGGUGUGGUGCUUCUGGUGGGACUCGGUUAUCAUUUCUACUUGCGCAAGAAACCAGAUAGACCAGAAGCGAAUGACAGAAACGUUUCAAGCUCCACAGGGGGAGAAGAGAGAAGUAGCGAUAUCGUGGAUAACACUGUAUAAGUUAAAGACUUGCAUCAUGUAAUAAAUGUACCAAUGUAUGUAUGUAUG